UGAAAUAAGAUAGCUUGAUUCGAAAGUAUUUGUCUGUGCAUUCGAUACAGGGAAUCAUGAAUCUCUAGUACUAAUUCAAUAAAAACUUUUUUCUUGAAUCUUGAAAGAUCCAGUUGAGCUAAAUGAUACAGAGAUGACACCCACUGCCACUUCAACAACGGCGGGGCAGGAUGCCCAAUUCCUCAACAGAGUCCUAUCCCAAAGAGGUUCCUCUGCAUUGCCCUAUGAAGAGGACCUUCAAUGUCACAUCAGGCAGCACUUGCUCUCUCUCAUGCAAGCUUUCCCGAACCUGAUAGUACAGCCUGAAAUGUUUACUCACAAUGAUGGAAGAACAGUUGAUCUCUUAAAGGCAGAAGGCACUAUACCAGUGCUCUACAAACAGGUAACAUACAACAUCCCUGUCAGAAUUUGGCUUUUGGAGCAGUAUUCCAAACACCCACCUCUCGUAUAUGUGACACCUACAAGGGACAUGGAAAUAAAAAGGGGGCAUAUCCUUGUAGAUCCUUCAGGCUUAGUAUCAUGUCCUUAUUUGAAAGAUUGGGCUUUUCCCAGCUCCAAUUUAGUAGAGAUGGUGAACAAUCUAAGCUUCCUCUUUGGUAAAAGCCCACCUGUGUAUACUACCAUGCAGAGUGCUGCACAAAAUCAGAACAACCAUGUUGGUGGUCAUGGAGCUCUUGUGUCACAUAGUAAGCAGAAGCGCUUAGCUCCUGAGCCAAGGGGUAAACGAUCUUCUCAUAAGGCUCGUGAUGAACAAAUCCAGAAAACUGCACUAAUGAAUAAGCUGGUAGAGACUUUCCACAAAGACAUGGCUGAAUUAACCAAAACCAUGGAGAUGGAGAUGGAAGGACUUUUAAGUAUACCGGGGGUAUUGAAACAGAGAGGGGAGCAGGCGGAAAAAGGUAUAGGAGAGCUGCAGGAGGAGAAGGAGAAACUUGAGCAGCAGGUUCAAUCCAUACUCGCAUGUAGUGAUGAGCUUGAAACAUGGCUACAGGAGAAAGAGAGCAAAGAAUCCAAUUUAAGCAUCGAUCAUGUUUGCCAGCCUUGUGAUGUUUUGUCCAAUCAAAUGCUUGAGAGCACAUCAGCUGAUUUGGCUAUUGAGGAUAUCUUGUAUUGUUUGGAUAAGGCUGUACAGGAUGGAGCAAUUACUGUUAAGGAUUAUCUGAAGAAUGUGAGGACAAUGUCCAGAGAGCAAUUCUUCAACCGUGCAAUGUCUAUUAAAGUGAGUGCAGCACAAUUGCAGGUGCAGGUUGCUAACAUGGCAGAUACAGCUCAGACUUAUGACACCUAAUUGGAACUCUAACGUACCUUCACCCAUAAUAUGUUAUAUGUACUCUUAGAAAAGUACAAUGUAUUGGAAAUUUUGAUGGCGAUGGAGGGGCAGACAUACAUGAAAUAGAUUAAAAUCAUGAGAUAUGUGGAGAAUCAGUCAGUACCAAACAGUUAGUUAGGGAUCUUUGUAAUGUUUAGAUACUAUAUGUUGUUCAUUUUAUAUGUAUACAUAGAUCACUCAUGCAACAUGGUGUUGGUUGUGGAUUGGAUGAUAAAUUAUUAUCAUCAAAAGCUUCAGUGAAUAUCAAUCGUUUGCGGUUGGGAACUAUUCGGCAAGCCAAAGAGUGAAAGUUACAUCAUCAGUGACGGCCAGUCUUUGUGUAUAUAGUAGGUAAUCCAGAGAAAUCCUAGUAUGUAAUGCAGGGUUUUUCUAAUGGGUUUGUUUUAGUUCUAUUGCUCCUUUGUCAUGUCACAUAUGCAUUGAUUUUGCAUGUAAUUGUAAAUAAAAUUUUCUUAU